AUGCGUCCGUGGGUCCUUCAUGCAUGCCAUACCGCCGCGUCAUUCCAUCUCGGCGUCCAUCGUACACAGCGUCUACUCGAGCGCUUCUACUGGUGGGUUGGUUUGGAUCGUUCCGUGCGCUGGUGGCUUCGGGCGUGUUUGGUGUGUCAAGCUCGCAAGACUUCACGUCAGACUGCUCGGUGGCCCGUCAUCGCUAUGCCAUUGCCGCAGGGGCCUGGUACGGUCGUCGGCGUCGACUUCUUCGGACCUCUGCCAGUGACUGCCAAGGGCAACUCCUACAUGUUGUUGUCCACAGACCGUUUCAGUCGGAGAGCCGACAUGUUCGCAGUUACAGCGGCGGAAUUUACGGCGAGAGGGACGGCUCACAUCUUCGUCAACCAAUACAUGACCAAGUGGGGAUGUCCGACUACGUUAUUGUCGGACAACGGACUGCAUUUCUGCUCGAAGCUCUCCAUGGCGAUCUACGAGGUGAUGAAGAUCAAGAGGGUCACCACCAGCUCCUACCACCCACAGACCAACGGCGGCACGGAACGCGUCAACCACACGAUGGCCCAGAUGCUUGCGGUGGUCGUCAACGAACAGCAAAACGAUUGGGACAUACAUCUCCCGCACGUUGAGUUUAUCUACAACAAUUCCGUGAACCAGUCUACUGGAUUAGCGCCAAGCGAGAUCCACAUCGGACGCAUCCCGCGACUCCCGCUUUCGGUCUUCGAUCAUCCCACGGUAGGUGGUCAUCAAAGCUUGGCCCGCGAUCAACUCGAGUAUUGCAACCUGGCUGGCGAUCGCCAGCGCCGGGCCUACGAACUUGUCCGUGAGUACAACGCGCUGAAGAUUUCGCGAGUCGAACGCCGAAAUUCAUCCCUGCUGGACGCCAUUCACAAGCUCCCUCAGUUUACCGUUGGCGGGUGGGCUUGGGUGUACAACACGGCUGCUAAAAUUCGACAGGGUGUGCAGAAGGACACGGACCAACAGGUGCUCAAGGCCAAAUUCGCACUUUCCUGGACGGGGCCCUACAAAGUUCUUGCGGUGGGUCCCACCUCUGCCGACGCCACUCCGGACGGCCGCCCGUUGGCGCGUAAACUCCUCUACCUGGACCUGCCUUCCGAUCUUUCCGGCCCGGCAGCUCGUUGUCGCGUGUCUGUCCUUCGUUGCAAGCCCUGUCGCAAUCCGUACGAGACGGACGACUUGCCGCAAUCUCUGCCCGCCGAGCUUUCGCGUUAUGUUCUGCACUCNGGUGUGCAGAACGACACGGACCAACAGGUGCUCAAGGCCAAAUUCGCACUUUCCUGGACGGGGCCCUACAACGUUCUUGCGGUGGGUCCCACCUCUGCCGACGCCGCUCCGGACGGCCGCCCGUUGGCGCAUAAACUCCUCUACCUGGACCUGCCUUCCGAUCUUUCCGGCCCGGCAGCUCGUUGUCGCGUGGUAACCGUAAAUAUCGAGUGGCUCGGAUUCGCGCAGCACAGCGGGAGCUAG